UGAAGUGAGGAUGCAGCAGUGUGUGGAUGUGAGUGUCUGAAGGCGGACAGCUGAAUGAGUCAGAGUUUGGACGAAAAUAUCACAAAAGAAGCGGAGCAAAGGAAACCCGUCAUUUAAGAAGGCAGAGGUUGGUCCAUCAGUCCCAAUAUAGAAAGUCACUACUUGUGUUUGCACAGCAAGAUCACCGAUGAUAAUCCUGGAUUUCCCUUAAUCUGCCAGCUCCUCCGCGCGCAGCUCCUCAGCCACCAAACACUCUGCAAAACAAGAACACCCUCUCUGUCAUAUCAGGGCAUCAGCCACGUUCACCAGCUGCCAGCAUGAUGAAGGACUGCCUACAGUUCCUUAUCGAACCGGCCAAAAAGCUCAAGAUCCGACUCAAGGAGUCUCGUAAGCGAGUGAAACAUGAGAAAAAGGAGCCGCUGGCGGAGAGUCAGGUUUUUAUCAUGGAAUUGGCUCGAGAACUCAACAAAAUUUGCCAGAGGUCAAACAUCCUCAGCCACAUCUGGACCGGUGAGGACAUUUGGCCGGCCAGUGUGUGUCGUGAUUUCAUAGUGGAGUGGUCAGGCGUGUUGGAGAAGAGAGCGCAGCCGAGGAUCAUGCAGUCUGAAAACCACUAUGAGAAACCAGAGAAGAAAGACUGGAGGGUACAACUCUUCUGCAUCCUGGAGUCUGGGGGGGAGUGUGACAUGGGGCCCCACAAAAGAGUCAUCAUGGAGUGGGCACGGGAGAUCAAAAGCAGACCUCAGCCCACCGUCUGGCCAGGCGAGCCGGUGCUCAUGAUGCUAGACGACCUGGAGUUCCAGUGGAAGAGGGGCCGUCUGCCUAACCUGCUCCCGGCUAUGGAGCUCAUCACGCUGGCUGUGCUGAACGCUGACAGCUCUGUUAAGGAGGAUGUGACAAAGCAAUGGCUGGUGAGAAAGCAGAGGAGCCAGAGGACUGACGCUGUCCGCUACAUCCCCCACAGUGUGUGGAAUUGGAUUUGCGACGCUGCAGAUGAGGUCACCCUGGAUUCAGACACCGCCAACCCCGGCCUACUCCUCUCCGACGAUGGAAAGCGCAUGAGGUGCGGCCUGGAGCGCCAGGACGUCCCACGUUGCCAGCAGCGCUUCGACAGCUGGUGGUGUGCUGUGGGCCAGGAAGGCUACGCCAGCGGACGUCACUACUGGGAGGUGGAGGUGGGCGAGCGGGACUGGCGGCUCGGUGUGGCCAAGGCCUCGGCUGUGAGGCAUGGCUUCUGCUCUCUCAACACAGAUUCAGGCUACCUGACUCUUCGUCUGGAGAGGGGAACGGAUCUAAAAGCUCUGACUGUGCCCUCCAACUCGCUGUCGCAGAGCCUGGUGCCAAGGAAGGUUGGGGUGUACCUUGACUAUGAGCAAGGUCAGCUGUCUUUCUACGAUGUUGAGAAGCGCUCCCAUCUGUACACCUACAACGAGAAGUUCACAGAGGUACUGUACCCAUUGUUUGGAACUGUGGAGGUGGUCAAAGAGCUGGCCAUAAGGCCUGCAGAUGUCAGACAGCCAUGCCUCUGCCCCGGGCCCUGCCUCUGGAACUGAGCUGCUUAAAAUACACCAGUCACUUCUCAGUUCUGAUCCCAAGUAAGCCGCAGAGUCUGGGCUUUUAUUCUGGUCUGUUACUUAAUAAAUUUUUUUAAAAAAGUACUGUUUGUGGACUCAAAGUCAGGACCUUUCUGUGGCGGACCCUGUGAGAUCAGGAAGGUAGCCCCCAUCAUUCUGCAUUUCACCUCCUGUCCCUCUGCCUUCAUGGAGACCGAGCAGUGUCAGCUAAAAACCAGGGAUGCAUCACGACAACUCCACAUGGUAGGUAUUGACUGAUAAAGGAUGACUGAACAUUCCUGACAUGUUGAUUAGAGGAGGCUUUACGCUCAAAAGAUUCAGUCUGUUGACUGCUCAGAUGAUCUUACACACUUUGGCUACAGCUUGUGGCUGAAUGCACCUUAAAAAAAAACCCUUACGUUGAAAUCAAUAUGGCAUGUUUUCACAUGUAACCUGUGUUGAGAGAUUUGUUCCUAUUUUGCAGUGCAUGUGUACAUUUUGAAAAACACUGACUAUUAUGUUUGUGUCCUCUUGGGCUGUUACUUUCAGAGUAGGCAUUAGGACAUUUCAACUUAAAAAGAGACGUAGACGCCUCUGUAAGUUGCAGGAAAACACGUGCAUAUAUUGAUACUGGCUUCAGAUGUUAGUCAUAUGAGUUUGAAGACAUUGGAAUAUGGGAUAGAGUAACCCAUGUCAGGAUAUCAAAAACAGAGUUUAGAGAUCAAUAAUGCUGCUGGCGUUACACAACAUACUGUUUUUUUGUUUUUUUCAAUCGAGUAGUUUGAAAAGGUGCUUGUUUUAUAUGCCACAAAGGUGAUAUUUGGAUCGAUGCAUAUGAAAUGAGAGCAUGAAGGCACUGUAGAAGUGAAAGCCACUCACUGGAGCCUCCGUGCACAGAGACAGUGCAGCUGCUGAGGGCUUGUGAUCGCACACAGGCCGAGUCGAUGCAUGUGAAGAUUUGAGUCUUUUACUCUUUGCUACUUUAGUCUCAAGCUUCCUGAAAACAUGUGUCAGGCAUGAGCUUGGUACUGCAGCUGUUUUUUUAUUUUAUUUGUUCAUGUGUGCAAUACUCAGCUAUCAAAGCUCCAAUAAAUUAAAUGUAAAAUCUCCAACGUCUCUUCAGUGGUCACAGAUUUAAAGGAAUACACGUGUUCUUUUCAAUCUUUAUUAAGUGCAAUAGAAUUGACAAACCAAAAAAAAGAAGAAGAAACAAUGCAGAGAAAGAGUCAUUGAUACACGUUGAUCUGAAGUACAAGAAUACUUAAAUGUGUGUUUUUGGUGUGAAGUUCAUCCAUUCAUCUUCAUCAGAUGUUUCUGACUAAAAUACCCGCUCAAACACGAUGAGCCAUAA